AUGGGUUCUGUGGAACAUGGGCUUGGGAGGUUCUUCUUCCUUUAUGGACAUGGUGGAACAGGGAAAACAUAUUUGUAUAAUACAAUUAUUGCCAAGCUUCGCAGCCAACAUAAGAUAGCUUUGGUUGUUGCAUCGUCCGGCAUUGCAGCGACCUUGCUGCCAGAUGGUUCUACUGGUCAUUCCCGGUUCAAGAUACCAAUAGAUGUCGAUGCUUCUUCUACGUGCAAGGUUAAAAAGGGGACUCACCUUGCCGAACUUCUGCAGCAAACUUCGCUCAUUGUAUGGGAUGAGGCACCUAUGACUCAUCGCUUUUGCUUUGAAGCUCUAAACAGUCUUCUUGGUGGGGAUUUUCGUCAGAUUCUACCAGUCAUACCUGGCGGCGGCCGCGAGGAAACCCUCAAUGCAUCAAUCAUACGUUCGCCCUUGUGGGCUCAUUGCAACCUUUUGUGUUUGCAGGAAAAUAUGCGCAUAAAUUCGGAUGCAGUAAAUCAGGAAGCAAUCUUCAACGGUAUGACAUUCGCACAAUGGGUUCUCACAGUUGGGAACGGUCUUCUACCUGUGAGGUCCUUGGAUGAGAACUCUGAAAGAAGUUGGACCACAAUUCCUCAUUAUCUGAUCUUACCACCUAAUGGCACAUCCAUUCAACCGGUUGUUGAUUUCGUGUUCCAUGGACUGGUUGACUUUUACAGGUCAGUUUCCUACUUGAAGAAUCGUGCUAUAAUCACCCCACAAAUGAAACAGUGUCUACCAUUAAUGAUGUUGUUCUUUCCUACAUUCCUGAGAAACCCAAGAACUACUACAACAUAG